AUGGCAUCGGCCGGAUCUGCUCAGAGGAACCUCACCCGCAAGGAGCUAAUAGCGCGGGUCGUCCACAGCCUUGCCCUAGUUUCUGCCGAUGUAUCCCUCCAAGAGGUCACCAGCGUCGUGGAUGGCAUGGCCGACGCUUCUGGUUCUUACGACCCCGAAGCCGUUUUUAUUGCUGGGGAGGAGUGCUUACGGCUCUGGGCGCGCAGAGACCAGGCCGGAAUGGUUUGUUUGCUCCGGCUGAGCCAAGAACGAUUUGUGGAUGUGCAGGAGAAGAUGCAGGAGGCAAACACUGCACAAGCUGUUGCGCAAGCUGCUGCGCAGGUCGAGAUCGAACAACUUAAAGAACAAAUGGCGGAAUUGCGGGCAUUGGUGGCUUCCCAAGCCAAGGAAGAGACUAAAGAGGAAGGCCAACCAGAGAACAAGGCGGAGAUCGACCAACUUAAAGAACAAAUGGCGGAAUUGCGGGCAUUGGUGGCUUCCAAAGCCAAGGAAGAGACUAAAGAGGAAGGCCAACCAGAGAACAAGGAGGCAAAGACCGAGAAGCAAUGGACCGAGGAAGAGCUGAAGGACCGAGAGGCUUGGGGCAACUUGAAGGACUACAACGAAGCCUUCGAGAACCGUGCAGAGAUCCAACAGAACCACGACGUCGACAAACAAGUCCAAGGAUUCUUACCCCGUCUGUAUUCUGACACUUUGGAGCGGCUGGGAAGUUCCGUGAAGAUGACCACACUGGGUCUCGACACGGGUUUCUGUGCCUUGUGGCCUGUGGCCACCGCUGCCCAACGAUGCCGCCAGUUGAAUUACCAGCCCUUUCAUAGAGACCUGGAUGGACUGAUGGCCUUCUGCAAAGAGAGAAAGCCGAAGUUUGAUGAGAAAGUGAAGUAUGUGGCUGAAGAAACCGAGGGAAAGGCAAUCAUCCCUCGUAUGAAAGGCCGUCCAAGAUGUGAGUCGAAGGCCGCCUUUAAAUAUACUGAUGCAACAGGAACAUCCUGGCAUCGUUGUACGGAUAUUGUGCGAGCCACGAUUUUAUACGAUGACUUGACAAGCAUGUACGACGGCCUCGAAGUCCUUGAAAAGCUUCACGAGGCGGAGGAAUUGGAAAUCAUCGAGUUCAACGAUCGGUAUCAAAAACCGAUGCCUGGGAACUACCGAGAUUUACAACUCUCGGUGAAGAUCGACUCCAUGAUCUGUGAACUGCAACUGAACACGAAAGUCAUGGCCUACGUGAAGGAACACGCUGGUCAUCGAAAUUUCGAAGUCUCCAGGGAGCUGAUCGCUGCCGUGAAAGAGUCCAAUUCGAAUCGCUGCGAUGAGAUCCUGCGCUGGGGCGAGGGCUUGCUCGGUGCCGAGUCGAUUCAGGAGAUCCUCAAUGAGGACAAGAAGCCUGUCUUGCACGAGGCAGCAAAGACUGGUAAUGCAGAUCUUGUGAGCGUCUUCCUGAAGCAUGGGGCGGACGUUAACCUUCGAAGCAGUGACGGACAAACCGCCUUGCAUAAGGCCAUGGCUGGUGGCUUCGAACGAGCUGCAUGGGCGUUGAUUUGCGCCAAAGCGGAUUUUGUUGCAGACGAACAGGGCAUAACACCCUUGAUGGAAGGACUCCUCAAGUUGCGCGUGAACCCAUCAGACGAGAGCAUUGCCCGCGCUGUCUCCACCGUGGCCCAGCUGUGUCAAAAAUCUGAGUUUGAGAAGUUGGCAGAAAGGAUGGAGGCGUUAGCACGAAGCCGAUUGAUCCAGAGUUCCGAGUUGGUCGUGGCGUGCAAAGACAACAACUUCGACAAAGUCGAGCGCCUGCUGCGGGAUUGGGCCGACCCCAAUUCAGUCGCCGAUGGGCUUCACGUCGUGCAUGCGGCGCUUCAUGGUGGCCAGAGGGAUUUCCACCCAGACAGGGCCAAGGUCCUUGGACGGGUUCUGGAGUUCCGAGCCAACCCAGAUGCAACGACGUCUUUUGAGGAUGAGACCUGCACGGCUUUGGAGGUGGCUUUGAGAAGCUACAGCCCACGAGCACCCACUGGCAUCGCAGAGCUCGUGAGGCACGGUGCGCAUUUCAUGAACAGAUGCGUCAGGAAGUAUUUGCCACCGUGGACGGCGAAAAGUCAAGAAACCGAGCCACAAGAGUUGGCUUGCCACUUCCUCAACACCUGGCCCUGUCUACCUUUUGGCGGCAGAGAGUUGCUGAAGAUUGACAUUUCGUUGAUGUUGAAGGGGUGUCUUCCGGAGUUCUUGCUCUUUCAUGGCCACGAAGCAGCAAAGCAAUGCGACGUACUGGAGGAGAAGAAAGACGAAGUGGCUCAGCUCGUGGCCAAUCUGCUGGAGCGCCGCGGCCACCAGUGGGAGAGUACAGCCGUUCGCGCAGACUGCCGAGCCAAGGAGGUCAUCCUCAGCAAGACCUUCGAAGACGCUUCGAAUCAGAUCCGGUCCGUCUCCUUCUCACCGCAGUUUUUGGCCGCCGGCGACGAGGCAGGGAAAGUCUGGAUCUACGAUUUGCACCAGGACUCAUCCCUGAUCCGGACCCUGCACGAUGCCUCCGACUGGAUCCACUCGGUCUCCUGGUGCGGCCAAUGGCUGGCCGCAGGCGGUAGAGACCAAAAAAUGAGGGUCUACAACGCCGCACAGGAUUUUUUCCUCGCGAAAUCGUUGGAGGAUGCCUCGGACGAGAUCAACUCAACCGCAUGGAGUGACCAGCAGCUGUUGGCUGCGGCUGGUGAUGAUUGCAAAAUCUGGGUGUAUGACGGUGCCCAGGACUUCGCCCUCCUGGCCACCCUGGGCGAUGCCUCGGACAGGAUCCGUGCCCUGUCCUGGGGCGGGCCACUCCUGGCAGCCGGUGGUACCGACAAAAAAAUCCGAGUCUACGACGGCACCGAGGAGUUCCUUCUGAUCAAAAUCCUGGAUGCCACUAGCAUGAUCAACUCCCUGGCCUGGAAUGGCCCACUGUUGGCAUCAGGAUGCGACGACAAAAACGUCCGCAUCUACGAUGCUGCGAAGGAUUUUGCGCUCAUCCAAACACUGGGAGAUGCGGCCAAAGUGAUCCGCUCUGUCGCUUGGUCUGGGCAUCUCCUGGCAGCUGCUGGGGCUGACAAGCAGGUGAGGCUCUACAGCGCCAGCCAGGACUUCGCAUUGAUCCAGACCCUGGGCGAUGCCUCGGACUCCGUCACUGCCGUCUCCUGGCGGGGCCAGGUCUUGGCUGCUGCAGGCGCCGACAAAAAACUUCGCAUCUACCACGAGGACCAGAAACGCCCAGCUGAUGCGCAAGUCACCGACUGGGUGAGGUUUGUCGAACUCGCUAUCGACAGCCAGGGCGCGCAAAGUGUCGAUGCGCUGCUUCAUGCAGCAGUGGCUUGCCACGCACUGGCUGGUUCGCUAGAGGAGUCGCUCCCGAGCGCGGCACAGGCAGUGGCAACAAAGCUUCGGGCGAUCGGACGGCUCGACUCCUCAGAGGAACUCCUGCAAAAGUACGCCGUUGAGGACUUCACGGCGAUCAAGACGAUGGCGGAUGCUUCCGGGCCGAUCCGCUCCGUGUCCUCGAGUCGCCACCUUCUCGCCGCAGCUUGCGCGGACGCCAAAGUUCGGAUUUAUGACGUGCAGCAGGAGUUCACCGCAGUCCGAGUGCUGGAGGAGGCCUCAGACUACGUUCGAGCAGCCGCUUGGAGCCAGAAUCUAUUGGCCACUGCUGGGUACGACAGGACGGUCCGCAUCUACGACUCGGAUCAGGACUUUGUCGUCCUGAAAACCAUCCAUGAUGAUUGCCGGGUCCUUUCCUUGGCGUGGAAUGCCCAUCUCCUGGGAGUGGGGGGCCGGGACAAAAAGGUGUGGGUUUAUGACAGCUCGAAGGAGUUUGCGCUUCUCAAAAUUAUCGAUGACGCGUCGGACGAGAUCAACUGCGUCUCAUGGGGUCAACAGCUUCUCGCGGCCGCUGGUGACGACAAGACGGUCAGGAUCUACGAUGUCACCAAGGACUUCCAGAUGAUCAAAGGCCUCCAGGAUGCCACUGCCCGAAUCUGGUCCCUCGCCUGGAGUGCCAACCUACUGGCAGUGGGCGGCAACGACACACAACUGCGGGUCUAUGAUGCCGGGCAGGAGUUUUCUCUGGUGAACACGAUCAGCGAUGCUUCCAAAACGAUCCUUGGCAUUGCUUGGAGCGGCGGUCUGUUGGCAGCUGGUGGUGAGGACAAGACACUGCGGGUGUAUGACUCCCAGCAGGACUGGGCCUUGAUGAAGAUCAUCGUGCUGCCGUCCGCAGUGUGGUCCAUUAGUUGGACUGGACAUCAGCUGGCCGUGGGGCUUGGGAGUGGAGAGGUGCGGGUGUUGGAUUCGAAGUUCCGAUGCAGCGCUCUGGACGAAGAUCGAUUGUGGGAGUUGGCCCUGACCAAGUCGGAGCAGAAAAGUGGAGAUUCCGCCGUCCAAGGCUAUUCUCCUGUCACCAUGUUUCGAGCAUGGCUUGGAGGUCCAUCCACACAGCAGAGGUCUUGA